AUGGAUGUGUUUGGGAUACUGCUACUGCUGCUGUCUGGUUUCGGAGCGUGUGAUUGGUCGGUCGGCGCCCAGAAACAGGAAGUUGGCACAAGGCGUGAGGUGAAGCCCAAAGGACUGUUGAGCCAGCACGCAAGUGAGGUUUUAGCCAGAAGAGAUCCUGUCCCUUUGUGGAACAGUGGCGCCCUCCAGAGGAAGCUGCUGUACUGCCGCGUGGGGAUAGGCUUCCACCUGCAGAUCCUGUCCGGAGGAGUGAUCCGCGGAGUGCACAGUCCUAAUGAGUCCUGCUGGUUGAAGGUGUUCUCCAUGAGGCAGGGAGUGGUGGGCAUCCAGGGGGAGAAGAGCCAACUGUACUUGUGCAUGAAUGAGAAAGGACUGGUCUAUGCAGCGGAGAGGUUCAUGGAUGAGUGUCACCUUAAGGAGACUCUGCUGGAGAACCACUAUAACACAUACUCCUCCGAACGCUACCCCGGACUGUACCUAGGCCUGUCCCACCGUGGCCACGUUAAGAGGGCGACCAGAGUCAGCCCCAACCAGGCCUGUGCACACUUCUUACCCAGGAGCACACUCUGA